UAAAUAUUUUUUUUGCUACCUUUAUGAACAAAAAAGUAAUGCAUGGGAAAUCUACCUUUGGUGUAAUUUGCUGCAUAAGCAUUGAACACUGAAGUGUUGACCGUUACUGCUCUGCUUCCUUGAGAGAAAAUGCUGCUAUGGCCGAUGUUCAACACUGAAUGUGACUGUUUUACAGAUUGCCUUCCCAACUUUUAAGUCCAGAAUUACGAUGGGUGGUACAACAAUCUGCUUAACAUUGACUGGGGAAGUGCAGGGAGCAAGCUGCUGCGCCUGGCUCCGGCGUCGUUUGCCGAUGGCGUCUACCAGAUGUGGGACGAGCCCGCGGUGCCCAACGCACGCCGCUUGAGCAGCAGCGUCAUGCGGGGAGAGAGCGGCCUUCCCUCGGCCCUCAACCGCACCGUGCUGGCCGUCUUCUUCGGUCAACAUAUCAUGGAUGAGAUUAUGGACACAAGACGGGCGGGCUGUCCUGCCGAGUUUUUCAAUAUCCCCAUCCCAGCAGAAGAUCCAGCCUUCUCCAAUAGCCCCUACAAAGUCCUGCCUUUCCAGCGCAGCCAGUGGGAUAAGACCACCGGUGCCUCCACCAACAACCCCAGAACUCCGGAGGGGGACAGUUUUUGUUUUUACUUCCAGGUGAAUAAGGUGACGUCGUGGCUUGACGGCAGUGCGAUAUACGGGCCUUCGAGGAGUUGGUGUCAGGCGCUGCGCACAUUUGACAGAGGGAUGAUGAGAAGCAGCGACGAAGAGUCACUUCCCCCUGUCAGCGGCCACUCUCUGCAGCUCAUCGAUGCCCCUUCCCCAUCCUACGAGACGGGCAGCUCGACAAACAAAACCGUAUAUGGUAACAGAACAUUCUCCAUCGCAUUCACAGAUUCAAAAUACUACUCCCCAAAUACAGAUUAUGUUGAACUUCUUUCGCACCGUAGUAGCCAACCUUGCGAAUCGGUUCAAUUUGUCGUUGCAGAUUUUGGAAAUCCACGGGGAAAUGAAAACCCGUUCUUGAAAGCAUUGGGCACUGUGUGGUUGCGUUAUCACAACUUCUGGGCAGCGAAGAUCCACAGUGAGCACUCUGAUUGGAGUGAUGAAGAUGUAUUUCUGAAUGCGCGGAAAUGGGUGAUCGGGGUAUACCAGGUACAGUGUUUUAUUGGCAGGGGUCUCUGGUUACACCAAACAAUGUUUAUUUGUAAUACGGAAUGUCCCGUUUAUUGUGCUUUAUUUUUGCCCAGUAACCUAUGUGUGAAUGGUGUGGCUGUCAUUUUAUAUAUGUCCUUUGUAAAAUAUGUGGCCUCAUCACAUAUCCGCCUGUACCCCAGGCACCAUCGAGUUGGGUAUAUGAGAUUUUGUAUUUUGAAAUGUCUCACAUUCAUUCUUAAAGUAAACAUGGAAUUUAAUGUCAAGCUGCAAUUGUCAGCAAGAGCAAUAGUCAGAUACAGAAUGAGAUGUUGUCUCAGUGCAUUCCUCUGCACCACAGGGUACAAGCCACACGUCCACCCAGGCAUUGCGGUGGAAUUUGAGUCGGCUGCCAUGAAGUUCCACCAGACUAUGAUGCCACCAGGUGUCUACAGCAGGCUUCACAGGAAUGCAACUUGCAGCUUUAAUCAAGUUAACGCAAGUCGAUUAUGCAACCACUUCUGGACAAACAUGCCUUUCAAGUCUGGCCGAGACGUUGAUGAAAUCAUCAUGGGAAUGUCAUCUCAAAUCGCUGAACGAGAAGAUCACAUCAUUGUUGAGGACCUCUUAGACAAAAUGUACGGGCCACUUAAGGCCACCCGCUCGGACCUCAUGGCCUUAACCAUUCAGCAAGGACGGGACCACGGGGCGCCCACCUACAAUGAUAUGCGGCGUGCCUUGCACAUGACCCCCAUCGCCGAAUGGGAAGACUUCAAUCAUACAAACGCGCAGGUAAGAGGCCAUUGUCUCGUGAUCCAGCAACUGAAGCAGGCCUAUAACGGUGACAUCUCCCGUCUGGAGCUGUGGCCGGGGGGGCUAUUGGAGUGCCAGGGGGGGCCUGGGCCCCUGUUCUCGCGCAUCCUCGUCGAUCAGUUUGAGCGCAUCCGCGACGGGGACCGCUUCUGGUUUGAGAACACCAACAACGGGUGGAUAUUCACGGAGGACGAGGUGAGGGAUGUGCUCGCGACGCGGUUCUCACAUGUCCUGCAAACCGUGAUGGACAUUGACAACAGCAGCAUCCAGGGUGAAGUUUUCUUUUGGAAAGAUGUUAGAUACAAUGUCAUGUUUCGGGCUGUUGUUUUGUACACUCCAUCAGGGGACCCUUGUGCACAGCAGGAGCAGCUUACUGUGGACAUGUUGGAGCCGUGCACACCUCCCAAGUCGAUGGAUUACUUCUCGGGCAGCGUUGCUACCUUCAUAGUCACGAACUUAUCCCUCUUGCUCCUACCCACAUUGUGCUUUGUUAUUCUGUGGUACUUGUCCCGUCGUCGGAAGAAGAGCUUUGAGAAGAUGACCAAUCAGAACACGUCAAGCGCGGGGAUGAGGACGGAAGCGGAGGAGCAUCAUGCCAGCGAAUGGCAGGGCAAGAAGGAACCCCUGCGGGACGUGCGGUUGAGAUUCGACGACGCGGGAUCGAUCAAGGUGCUGGACUGCGCGGGGGCCCUGCUGCGAAGCCUGGAGGUGAAGGCCCUGUCCGGCGUGGAGCUGCUCUUGGCCAGCGACAGGGGCAACCUGCUGCUGGUGCACGUGCCCAAAGAGUACGACCUGGUUUUGGAGAUGGACUCGAAUGAGCCAGAGCCGGACGAGUUGGACACGCAGGCGUGGGUCCAGCAGUCACUCGCGUGCGACCUCUCUCGCGACGAGCUGGGAGAAUUGCUCGGCUUGAAGCCCGACUCCAGUUUUCUCCAGCGCAUGUUCCACGUGGCGGACAAGGACAGCAGCGGCUACCUGUCCUUCAGUGAGCUGCGCGACAUUCUCGUCAUUCUCGUGAAAGGCACUACCGAGAAGAAAUCCCAGCUCAUGUUUCACAUGUUCGAUAUUAACAGUCAUGGCGACAUGAAAAACGAAACGUUUAGGGCAAUGCUAAGCUCAUUUCUGGAGAUGUCCAACUACAGGCUGCCAAAGGAAGAGGAGGAGAGUAUCUUGAAUUCGUUGCUUAUGGAGCAUGGGCUCAGCAAUAAGACAAGGUUCGUCUGGCAGGACCUGCACGCAAUCUUGAAUGAGCACUUCCAAGAUGCGAACAAUCUGCAGAUUCAUCUCAAAGGUGUGCAAUAUAUCCAUUGGUCAAAAUUGUUACUGUUUUUAUUUUCAGCCUGCAACAUCCCAUUGCUGGGCAACGGCCCUCCUCCAUAUACUUCCAUUCCUCCUUUUCCAGAAAUUACAACAGAGAGCUGCAACGUGACCUUUCGACCUUCUUAUUACAGGCCAACCUCUCCACGAGUCUUCACAGAGGCUCGGCACGAGCCAUACAACCGGAGCAAGCUGAGCCAGAGGACGCAGGCCUUCAAGCGCUACGUGGAAAACUACCGCCGACACAUCUUCUGCGUCGUCAUCUUCUACGCCAUCGUUCUCUGCAUUACCGCGGAACGCGGCUACUGUACGUACUGCGUCUUUCGUACGUGCGUUGAACUUUUGCACAAUGCGCCACUCCAUUAUGCCGUUGCCUCUGAGCACUACGGGAUCCGGCAGGUGACGGAGGUGGGGAUUAUCGUGUCCCGCGGCACGGCGGCUGGGGUUGCGUUCUGCUACUGUUUCAUCCUCCUCACCAUGUGCCGGAACAUCAUCACGGCGCUGCGCGUGACGCCACUAAACCACUACAUCCCCUUCGACUCGGCCGUGGGAUUCCACAAAAUCAUCGCCAUGACUGGUCUCGUUCUCUCGCUGUUCUUCUGGCCUCAUGUCACUCUUGCGCGAGGAACGUUGCUCAGCUGUGCCGUUGUUGCUGCCCCUCCAGGCUUCACGGGUGUGCUCAUCCUUGCGGUGCUCGCUGCGAUCUACAUCUUUUCCAGUCAGUUUUCCCGCAGCAAGAGCUUCAACGCUUUCUGGUGGUGCCACCAGCUCUACGUGCUGCUCUACAUUUUGAAACAGACCAUUCUGCAUGGCAGUGGUGGUCUUGUCCAGGCACCCUUCUUCUAUAAAUACCUUCUACCACCUGCACUCAUCUUCUUGGGCGACCGACUCAUCAGCCUCAGCAGACGCAAAGUGGAGAUCACCGUGGUCAAGGUGGAACUUCUCCCAUCUGGAGUCACCCACCUGCAGCUCAAGCGCCCCCAAGGGUUCAAGUACAAGUCUGGGCAGUGGGUGCGCGUGGCCUGCCUGGCCCUGGGCCAGAGCGAGUACCACCCGAUCACCAUCUCGUCCGCACCCCACGAGAACACCCUGAGCAUCCAUGUGCGCGCAGUGGGACCCUGGACCACGCGUCUCCGUGAAAUAUUCUCCACAAAGAGCUCCGAUAAUGAGUACCAAUCCAAGAUAUACCUGGACGGUCCGUUUGGGGAGGGACACCAGCACUGGAAUGAUUUUGAGGUGUCCGUGCUGGUGGGAGGAGGCAUUGGAGUCACUCCCUUUGCGUCCAUCCUCAAAGACAUUGUUCACAAGUCGUCGAUCAAUACCCGGCUCAUUUCCUGCAAAAAGGUGUAUUUCAUUUGGGUGACACGGACACAGCGGCAGUUCGAGUGGCUGACGGACAUCAUCCGAGAGGUGGAAGAAAACGACAAGAACGACUUGGUUUCUGUCCACAUCUACAUCACGCAGUUCGCCGAGAAGUUUGACCUUCGUACAAUGAUGCUGUACAUCUGCGAGCGUCACUUCCAGAAGAUGUCCAACCGAAGUCUGUUCACGGGCCUUCGCUCCAUCACGCACUUUGGCCGCCCGCAGUUUGUGCCCUUCCUCAACUCCUUGGAGAAUCUGCACCCACAGGCCGAGACCGUGGGAGUUUUUAGCUGUGGGCCUCCAGGCCUCACGAAAAUGGUGGACAAGUCGUGCCGCCAACUAAAUCGCCGCGAUCAAGCGAAAUUUGUUCACCAUUUCGAGAACUUUUGAUCACAAAACGUUGACUCCAAAUCAUAAACCGUGGCAGUUUUUUGUUGUUGUUGAGAUAACCAAAGCUAAUACGACUGCCGUGUUUCAUGGUCGACUCAUGAUCGUCUUAUUAUUGCAUGUGUGGCGUAAGUUAACGAGUUCCCCAUUUCUAACGCAUUUGAACGUGUUCUUUUACUGCGAAAUAACAAAAACAUACCUAUAGUUGUACAAAAAGGUAAUGAUUGCUUACUGACGAGUGUAAUGAGUACACCGAUAUCAAACACCAAACACAGCUACCACUCAAAUUCUUUGCUGGUGGUAAUGCAAUGGUAAAUGUUAUUUCAGAAAAACAGAUUUAGUGAAUCGUAUUUUGCCAUGAAAAGUUUUAAAUUUGCAUUGAUUUCUGUAUUAUAUUCUGUUUCAAUUGUCACGUAUUUGGGGGGGUAUUGUAAAAUAUAACGUACUUUUUUCUUUUGCUUAGUUUAUAAGUAACAGUAGGUGAGAAGACAGAAUAAAAUCGUCGCUGACUGCACUGAGCACUGAGCCAGACUGCAGUUCCGUGGUUCACAUUCGGGCGGCUGUGAUUUCACCAAAUUCCAUUCAAUUGAAUGGAUUCUAUAUCGUUUUUUUUACAUGCAUUUAAUAAACUGUUUUAUACAUAUUUUCCAGAAUUUAAGUCAAUGUAACAAUUGUGUCUGCAUUUAAGUUCACAGUAUUGUUUGCUCAAGUUCUACCCCAUUUUUGUGAAAGUACAAUGGAAAAAGGGACCACUUUUUUAAAUUAGCUCAAGGCCAUAGUUGCAAUACAUUUCUUAAACUAUAUACUUCAGUGGUGAUAAAAUAUGCACCUGAAAAAAGUAGUUAAAUAUCCAUGCAUUUUUCGUUUAGAAAUUGCGUUCAAAUGGUUCCAGUCAAUUUGAGAUAUCUC